CAAGCUAGUAGCGCAUUUCAGUCCAUACAUUCGUGGUCAAUUCAGUAUCUCAGUAGUAGCAACGAAGUAAGCGUCUUAUCUUCGUUUGUAUAGUAGCCACGAAUGUAUGAACUGAAGUACACCGCUGACCACUUUUUCUUACUAAUCUAAAUCUCAUCCUAACUAUGGAGUCCGCGAGAGUUGAGAAAUAUAAUCAUAUAAUAUAUAUUGUUAUAAUAUAACAUACUACUACCUGUAAUAAAAACUGUUAUCAUAUAGCCGGUGUAACCACUUUAGUUUGUAAAAUAUUUUUCUAAAAUAAGAACGUGGGGAAACUAUUUUUAAUUUCUUGAUAUACCUACGUGUUUGCAAUCAUGGAUGAGAUCGUAAAGUUUCUCAAGACGUUAGGCGUCGGUCUUCGACCUACUAAUGAUCCUUUCUUGAAUAAUACUUAUGAAGUAUGUAAAGUAUUUGAAAGAUUUGGUGUAACCGUUGAAGAUGAAGAAGAAUUAUGCCACGAAAUAAUGAAAGAAUUCAGGUGUAAUGCUUGCAAUGAUACUUUUCAAAAUCUACUUGACUAUGAAUUGCAUUAUCAUAACUCUCAUCAUUUUAUCUGCACUGAAUGUAAGAAAUGGAGACCCACAGCUCGACUUUUGGAAAUUCAUGUUCAAGAAAUGCAUGACAGCUUUUUUAAAAUUCUUGCAGAUAAGCAACCAAUGUAUAAAUGCUUAGUCUCUGGAUGCGCUAUGAAAUUUAAAGAUUCAAUAGAACGAAAAGAACAUUGUAUUGAAACUCAUGCAUUUCCUAAGAAUUAUCGGUUUUAUUUCAAUCAUGAUAAUACAAAUGAAAAACAUAAAAAAAUUACACAAAGUGACUCAGCCAUGGAAGUUGAUGAAAAGAAACAAUGUGAUAAAAAAGAGCAAAAAUUAUACUUUACAAAUUCUAAACAAAAGACUUUCAAGAAGCAGAAAUUCAAUAUUAAUAUUGGCUCAACUAUUGAAGAACCAAAGAUUGAGUCUACAUUUAAACCAGUGACAAUGUUUAUUCCAAGACAAGUUCAACAAAAAUCUUAUGCUAAGAAGUUGACUCAGAACAAAGGAAUGGAAACAGAAGUUUUGGAAUCUGGAAGUUUAAUGGAGUUAACUGAUUCUCUAUCAAAUAUCUAGAAUUAUUUUUAAGGUACGAUGAACUACAAAGCGGCGAUACACUGCAGCAGUCUUUAUCGCUAUCGCUGGAAGUAGAGGAUGGAGAACUAGGCGAUGGCACUUUUUUACAGGUCAAAUCGACAGGAUUGUCCACUUCAGAUUCGAUUUUCGCACCAGUAGGAUGGCUUAUUCGUUUAUACGAAUCCAUUGAAGCUACUUCUAAUGUCAUAUUAGUGGAAUCUCUUCAACCUAAAAUCAAAGUUAUUUUUUAGAUGAUAAAUUUAAGUACAAAAUACUAUUUGAUAAAUUACUUUUAAAUAAUAAAUAGUGAUGAACUUUAUUUCAUAUUGUAUAGAACUGCAUUACUAAAUAUAGAUUUUAUUGAUAUAAUUUCAAAGUAUUUUUUUUUUCAAUUCAAACAAUUCAAAACUUAUGCAAAUGCUCAAUAGUGAAAAUUAAAAGUUUUCGAUGUUGGCU